CGAUCAUUCAAAGCCUUACAGCAUUGGUAUCGUUGGAAGCGGACAGAGUGCUGCCGAGAUCUUCCACGACUUGCAACAGCAAUAUCCCAACUCUCGAACAACGCUGAUCAUGCGAGACUCGGCUUUCCGGCCGAGCGAUGAUACCCCGUUUGUCAACGAGAUCUUCAACCCGGAACGUGUGGACGGUUUCUAUAACCUCCCAGCCGAGGAACGUAAACGCUUCCUCGAGGUCUAUCGGGGGACCAACUAUUAGCGUCGUGAAUCCGGAGCUCAUCGAGCAGAUCUACCACGACAUGUACGUGCAGAAGGUCCAGAACUCUAACAAAGCGGAGUGGCAGCACCGCAUCCUAUCUUCACGCAACAUCACCCGGGUGGAGCGUCCGGACUCCGGUACGCAGAAGAUCCGAAUUCAUCUUGAGCCUGCAAAUGCUGCUGCGCAGAGCCAGGCCAAAAAAGAAAUCAUGGAGGUUGAUGUGCUCGUCAUCGGCACUGGCUACGUCCGAAACGGGCAUGAGAAGCUACUGGCAGAUGUGCGGCAUCUACGACCUACCGGCCGGACGGCGUGGGAGCUGACGCGCGACUACCGGGUGGAAUUAGACCGGAACAAGGUGAGUGCGCAAGCCGGUAUCUGGCUCCAGGGUUGCAACGAGAGCACCCACGGUCUUAGCGACAGUCUUCUGUCUGUGCUGGCGACGCGGAGUGAGGAGAUGGUGAAUUCGAUAUUUGGAUAUGGCCACUAUGGAAAAAGACCCCAUCAGAGACGGCCGCAGAAGCUAUGAUCGGCUAUAUGUCGUGGUGAGUUUAGCUAUAAACCAUCUGGUUUUGGAACCAGUCAGUAGUCUGCUUGUACAUAGCAUGUGGACAGAUACAGUUUUAU